AGACAGCAGCCACUUCUUUGGCUCAGUGUUAAUUCUAUGAUGUUAUUUUGACUUUUACUGGUGUUUGGGAGAGAAGAUGUUUUUUUUCUGUCCAGUUUGCCUCAUUGAUGUCUUGGAUUAAGCAACUUUGUCAGUUUCUGAAUGGAUUAUGACACUUCAUGACAGAAUGAUGAGACCUCUCAAAAAAGAAAUGGAUAUAAACAAAAAGAUGCCAAUUCUUGUCCUCCUGAUGAUCUAUAUUAACGGUGUUUCAGGAAUGAAUCUGUCUCCACCUGACAACCUGGUGGUGGAGAUUUGUGACGGGGAGGUAACUGUACUUUGGGAUAAGCCUGUGGAUGCCCCUUCUAACGUCCAGUAUAACGUCCGAUUUGGAAAACAUAAUGGUGAAUAUGCCAUGGUUGACACUUGUACAAAAAUCACAAAGUCUUUCUGCAACCUUAGCAAACUCAUACAUGAUUAUGGCGCUGCCUAUAAGGUCCAAGUUCAGCUGGUCAUAGGAGAUCACAUGUCUGCGUGGACACCCAAAAAAAAAAUUCUCCCAACUUCAAGUGAAUUACUGCCUCCCAGUUUCACUUUGUUGGCUACAUCCACCACCCUGAGAGUUUAUGUUCACCAAAAACCUAUUCUGAAAAAGAUUUAUAAAUUUGGCGUUACUUACACCAUCUUUCUAGAGGAAAAAGGACAAAAUACGAAUGUAGUUUCAUACCUGAAAGAUGACACUGACGAGGAUCAGACGACUCAGACUUUCAGCCCUCUCCAUUGGGGGAAAGAAUACUGUGUCACUGUCAAAGUGGAGGGUAAUGGAGGUCUCACCAGCAGCCAGUCGUCUCAGCAGUGCGUUGUGUUACCAGAGCAAGAAUGGAUCAUAAUUGCUGUAUCAUCCCUGUCUGUUUUGGGUGUAUUUAUCAUCAUUGCUAUUGUGGGAGUCUCCCUUCUGUGUUUCCUGAAACGUCCAGCGAAAACGCCUGUUGCACUGAAAUGUCUUGUAAGUGGCUGGAAUCCACUCUCCGUCAGAGAAGGGACCAUGGAAGUCGUCACAGACAAAGGCUGGUUCCUGUCCAGUUACAGAGCAGAAGUGAAACAGUGUGAUGCCAAAGAGUCACCGUCACUUCAUGUUGAAAUAACAGAUGAGGAUGGAGACGAAGACAGGAGGACGAGCACAGACAGUGGGGUCAGCAUAAAUUCCACCUCUGAUACAAAUGAAGAAUGUCCUCCAAUGAGACAAGAGGACAGUGGUUGUGGAAGCCUUGUAGGACAGGAGAGCUCUGGCAGUCAGACAGAAUACCCCCUUCAGGAUGAGAGGACAGACACUGACCCCACUAGGAAGAGGGUGGACAGUGGGGUGGGGUUUGGCUGUCAGCUUGACUCUUCAUCCAUAAAUCUGGAUGGACAAGACAGUGGACUUUUAAAGGAAUGUGUUGUUGGUUGUAAUUAUCGCACCCAGAGGCCUUCAGAUGUGCAGAUUUCUGUAUGCGAUGAUGAGCAGAUGUUUAAACAGAUGCCUCCAGAGUCUGAACUGGCUGAUGUCGUCACAGGUUACAGAGCCAUCCCUCAGCUCUGUACUUGCUCUGGUGCAGGUCACUGCUCUUGGUGCCAUAAUUGUGUGCAUUUUGGAGCUGAGGUUGUUAAACAGUACAAAUCUGUGUGUAUUAACAAUGAACUGCUCAAUAACAAAUGUAAUAUUAUGGACUCUUUCAGAGGAAAGCUUUAUUCCACAAAAGGACAAAUGGACACUGUGAUAAUGGGUGAAACAGAUGCAUCAUCUAAUAUGACUUUUGUACAACUGGAGGAGACUUUCCCAUUAUUAACAGCCUUGUCGUCUCUGCCUCUAGUGGAGGGAGAGCAGGACUUCAAUAUGAACAAUGUGCCGCUGUCUCUCUGUGACGUAGAGCUCACUAAUGACUGAUGCACUGUGGAAUCUAACAAUGCUAUUUGUAGAAAAAGGCGGACAUGCUUAACUGGAGCAAAAAGACUCACAUUAUUCAUUUUCUGUAUCAUGAAGAAAGGACUGGUUAGAAUUUGGGGAAUAGAAAUGUUCCAGCGUUAGGGUGAAGGGGUUGAACCGUGACAAGGAAACAGAACAAACAACAAGGUUUAACAUGGAAGGAAACCGAAGUUAAACCACACACAUGCUGGUUCACUGGUGUCUCAGGAGCCUAUUGAGAUGGAGUCAGUGACGUUCAAGGCCUGACUUAGCCUUGUCGCUCUGGGUAUAUUUACAACCGACUGAGCAGCAGCAUACCGGAAGUGAAACUGAUGUGGGAAGAAAUGCAGAGAGACGGUUUGACAGUUACAUGCUUUUGGACAUUUUGCCAGAUCUCCCUGUCUUUCACCUUCAUCAACAAAGGCACUCAAUGCCAGUAAUAAAACCUACAUUUCUGAAAUUCUCCUUCUAUUUACCAUCACAUUUACAACUUUAUUGUGGGGUGACUAUAAUGUCAUGAGAUGAUGUUGUUCCCUGAAUGACUUUUGUAUCUAAGAGCUUAAAACUGCAGGUUUAUUUUUAUUUAAAAAAAAUAAAGCCUUUUAUUUAUUGCACAUGAUGGUACAUACACAA